AUGGCAGAUAAUUUAUAUGAUAAAUCUGUUUCUAGAAAUGCACUAUCAAACAUUAAAUGUCAAUCAGCAAGUUACAUUCGUCCUUGGAAUAUGGGUAAAACCAAAAUUACACCAGUAAUGCAAUUGUAUCUUUCAACACUUCAAAUAGAAGAUUAUGAAGAAAAAAACAUAAACAGUAUCAACAAAUGUGAAGAAAAUUAUAACAGCAAUUCUAACACCAGUAAUUCAAACAGCACGAACAAUAAUAAAAAACCAUUAAAAAAAAAAUACGGACCACCAAAGUUUCGAUAUAAAUAUUUAGAAGCAAAGAUUAUUUUGUAUCUUCUGCAGAAUUGUCAGAUUUACAUUCCGUUGCAGGCUUUAAGAGGAAUUGAAAAAUUACAAGAAAAAAUUAUGAGAUUAAUUUUCAAGGAAGAUGAUAACAAACGCUUGGUUGAAUUUAUUUGGGGUGAAGGCUACACACGUGGCAAGAAAACUGUGAUCCUAGACAAUUUCAAUAAGGCCAGUUCGAUUACCUUGGUAGUUCAUCAAGAUGUUCCAGAAAAGGAAAUUGACAUCGCAGGGCUACAUAUCGAUUAUCUAAUUAAUAAAACACCAACAAACGAUGGAAUCCGUACCACACCUUCUUGGGGGUAUAGAUGGACUUUCAAUCAUAAUUCGUUUAAUAUCAAUGAACACUACAUUAUAAAACUUCAUACCGGUAACGAUAUCAGAAUAUUUUUAUUCAAAAAACUUCAAUCAUACAAAGAGAUCAAAUCUAGCAUUGAAUCAGCCAUAAAUGUGCGUAGUAUAAAAAAUUUCAAAUAUAAGGAUGAUGUUGGAGAAUUUAUUACUAUAUCAACACCUCAUGAACUCGAAACUGCUUUUAAAUAUCAUUCGAAAAAGAAUAAAUUAGAAUUAUGGUACACAGAUGACGAAGGAAUUUUUCAUAAUAUGAAGAAUUUGAUUGAUUUUGAUAGUGAUUAG